AUGUUAAGCGAUGUUAUGAGCUUUGUGCUUUCAUGCUCACUCUUACCAUGGGAUUAUUAUAAUAGCAACAACUGUACCCUCUUUCAAUGCAAUGAUGGUAGUAAGUGUUUAUCACGCCAUCGGCUUAUGGACGGUAAUACUGAUUGUACAAACGGAGAAGAUGAAUAUGAAAAAGCCACGUGCUCAUUUCGCAUGCCCUAUCGCCAUACAUGUGAUAAUGGAACUCGAUGCAUUCCUUUAGCACGACUAACUGAUGAAAAUGUAAACUGUGCUGAUGAAACCGAUGAGAAGACAAUAUGGCGUGAUAUCUGCUGGAAUAAUUCGUCAGGCAAAUGUAGCAUGAUACAAAAACAACAAGGUGAUUUGGACGUGAUAUUUAGGCAAAUUUGCAAUGGCAUUGUCGAACAAAUUUCAGGUGUUGAUUAUCACACGGAUGAAACUGAUUGUAACGUGACUGAAUGGUCCUGCCUUACAAGUUACAAUAAAUGCAAUGGAGUAUGGAACUGUAUAAAUGGGCAGGAUGAGCUAAACUGUAGCCUAUAUCAUCUACGACGUAUCCACUGUAAACUUUCAGAGCACUUCUGCUUGGAUGCUCGUACGGGUAACAUCCUAUGCUUACCAUUAGAACGAGCAGCUGACAAUAUCAUAGAUUGUGUAGGCUCAAGUGAUGAACGACAAUUCUGUCGUAUGAAAUAUCCCAUAGAGCAUAAACGCCGAUAUCGAUGUCAAAAUUCUGAUUUGUGCAUUCUCGUCAGAGAGGUGUGUGAUUGUCAUCAACAUUGUCCAGAAAAUGAUGACGAAACUAUUGCAUGCAAGUGGAUUAAUAAUAAUCGUGAAGCUAUAUGUGAUCGUACAAAAUUUCGAUGUCGCAAUGGUCAACUUCUCACAAUUGCAGAACGCUGUACACACUUUAUUGGGAGUUCUGUUUGCAUUGAUCAGUCGCACGAACUCUUUUGUGAUCUUGUUGAUGUGAAACCUUCCACAUUUGAUUCCUUGAUCUCACGGACAGAAUAUACAAGUGUAAUAAAUAAUCAAAUUAAACAGGAUUCUUUGGAACACAUGGAUUUUAUUCUUUGGCACUGUAAUAAUGGCCUUCAUGUUCAAUCGUCAGACGAUCCUCCUGGCUUUUAUUGUUUCUGUCCACCCGAAUACUAUGGUGACCGUUGCCAGUUUCAACGUAAACGACUCAUAUUCACAGUGCAAGUUCAAAUGGAUGGUGCAUUCGAAAAUCUUCCUUUGACAUUUAAAAUAGCUGUUCUGCUUGUACGCGAUAGUAUUCCAUCAACUACCAUUUCACACGAUCAAUUUGUGUAUGUGCCUCAUGCGUAUUGUUUACCAAAAUAUGAGGCACAAUUGCUCUACCUGAUCAAUGAGUCUUCAUUGUCAUUGUCAUCAUCCUCUAUCAAUCAUUCUGUACAUAUUCAUUUGUAUAAUGGGCAAACACUUGAGCAUCAUGCUUCGUGGUACUUUCCUAUUCCAUUCGAGUUUUUGCCCGUCAAUCGAAUGACCAAGCGAGUUAUUGUGCCUACUCUUCCCGCCGUAUCAGAAUUUUCACACAAGAAAUUUCACAAUACUAACUGUACAUUAUGCUCGAAUAAUGCUGUAUGUCUCGGCUACGAUAUGGACAUUGAUCAAGACAUUUGUGUAUGUUCUUCAAAUUUUACUGGUCGUCGUUGCUUGAUUCCUUUUGAUGAAUGCACUAAACAAAAAUGUAAUGGACAUGGAAAAUGUAUAUCAAUCGAUGCACGUCUCCAUUCAACUGAACGAUUCAUGUGUUUAUGUGAUAAAGAGUGGGCCGGUAAUGCUUCCACGACUGUACCGCGUUAA